AUGAACCCGCCAACACCACCAGAAAUCCCAUUCCCAGAGCACAAGCUCCGCGCUUUCACCGACAAGGUCUACCAGAUUGGAGACCUUCUCCAAGCGGCGUGCGAACGCAGAUUGCUUUGGCCUGAAGCUAUAAGACACAUUAGACCGGCGGCAAAGAAGCUCGUGAGGAGUAUCGAAGAGUUUGAUCACAUGCACAGAGAGUACAUCGCCCUCAUCGACAGCGAGCCAUUCUCCAGGGCCAAGCUUGACAUUAUAGACCCGAGUCGAGAGUCCGAGGUGGACCGAUGGCGAGCUACUCUCGAGUAUGUCCAUUUCGUCCCACGUUUGAGUCGGCUAACAGUCUUAUCAGGCCAUUAUUCGAUCAGCUCUCUGCAAACAGCAUUGUCUUUGAACACACAUCGGAACUCUAUCAUGACGAGGUGUAUCGUGAGUACACUUCAGGCCGCAGGGGACUUCCUCGUCGCCAGUACCAUUGGUCGAAUUGACGAGUGUCCAUAGAUCCAUUCCUCGAGUUGCACCGCCGACACCCUGAUCAUCAACUGUGGAACUUAAGCAACUGUCUGACCAAAGUCGACUUUGCGGUACAAGAGCUGUGCGAUAUGGCCGAAGAGUCCAUGCUGUGGACACGAAGUAUCCAUAGCCAAUACAUGGCCUACAAGCAAGCAGCACAGAUUGCAGCACGGCCACUCGAACCAGAGCCAAACCCGCUGUCACCCAACGAGGCGGAUGACGAUUAUUCCAGCACUGCGGCCACCAACUUUGCAUCAAAGGGAGGAGACUUAACUGCAUCACCGGGCUGGAGUGCAGAUCAAUGUCGAACGGCUGCACUCGCGCUCCAACCCAAACCCGCAAACUCAGGACCCGCUUUGACCACCUCAUUUGGCGCUGUUGAAGAGCAGGUCAACCGCGGCCAUACUCAUAAGAGAGCGGCCACGAUGAUGACCGCUGAGUACAUGUUGGAAUAUGAUACGGUCGGUCCUCCCAGGUUUGGAUCCGUUUUCCGGCGUAACAAGAACAUCCCUCGGAUUUUUACAGGUACGUGAUCGGAGACGUGUGGCCAUCGGUCUCGGGGAUAUUGUAGAUCGACUCCAUUGACCUCUGCGUAGGAUCCUCUUCAGAGCUAGAGCAAAGCAUUCGCAAGAUGCAAAUUGCCGAGGCAGACAUUCUGAGCAGCAGAGAAGCUAAGAAGACUUAUACAGGAGUGGUUGCCAAGGAGAUUGCAAAGCAGCCAGCUUCGAGUCCUCCUAUGGGAAACCGUCACCGGGCAGAAAACCGCGAAACCAUCAACGAUGUCGGCCAGGACGUGGAAGCCCGCAAGCCACGGGCCCGCUUUCACGGUGAUCGUAUCCGGGCCCGCACUAUGAGCGGAACUUUAGGAGGCCUCGAGGCCUGGCUCAAUGAGUAG